AUGUUCGGGCGCGCGUCGACGACGGCCAAGAAGACGACGCGGUCGUCGCUGUCGUCCUCCGCGACGACGAAAUCGCGCGUCUCGGACGCGUCUUCGAAACCGAAGACGAAGAAGCUCGUGAAGAAGAAGAAGAAGACGACGACGACGACGCCGGAGGAGGAUCCCGAGCUCGACGCCGACGCGCUCUACGGCGACGCGCUCUACGGCGACGAGCCGCGCGGCUACGACGACGCCGGGAACCCGACGUAUCACGACGACGACGACGACGCGGAGCGUCUCUACGCGGACCCGCACACCGCGGCGUUCGUCGCGAACCGUCGUCGCGGAGUUUUAUCGUCGGCCGCGAUCGGCCGAUCGAGCGGCUCUCUCGCGACGGGCAGCCCGCCCGGCGCGGCGGCUGGGACGACGGACGACGCGACCGCGACGAGCGUCGCGCGGCUCACGCAGCACCUGAACGAGUCCCUCGACGCCGCGAACGAGCGCCUGCGCGCGUCGGACCUGCGCGCCGCGGACGGCGCGCGAGCGACGGAGGACGCGACCAGGGCGCGCGACGCGAUCGCGGCGGAGCUCGACGAAGUCAAGCGCGUGAAUCUCCAACUUCAUCACCGUCUCGACGCGCUCGCCGCGGACGCGGAGUCCGCGCGAGACGCCGCGUCCGCCGCGCGCGCGGAGGCGGCGUCCGUCCGCGCGGAGAGCAGCGCGACGCUCGCGAACGCGGAGUCGCGGCGCGUCGCCGCGGAGAACGACGCGGCGCUCGCGCGCUCCGACGAGGCCAAGACGCGCGCGGCGUCGGACGCGACGCGCGCGAAACUCGACGCCGCGAAACUCGACGCCGCGGAGUGCAAGGCGGCCGCGAUCGCGUCGAAAAAGGAGCUCGAGGCGGUCGUCGCCGCGGCGAGGGCGAGGGCGGAGCGCCAUGCGGCGGACAAGGCGGAGACGGCGCGUCUGAUGGAGGUGAACGAGACGCUGACGGCGGAGGUGAAGCGACGAGACGAGAGCCUCGACCGCGCCGCGCGGCUCGCGCGAGAGGAGGAGCGCGUCGCGGCGGAGAAGCACCGCGAGGCGAUCGCGGAGGUGGAGAGGAAGGCGAGGGUGGCGUCGCAGGACGCCGCGAGCGCGCUGGAGACGUGCCGCGCGACCGCGGUGGAGGACUCGAAGGUGAUGCACGAGAAGCUGCGAGACGCCAAGGUUGAGGCGCGGUGUCGCGCGGACGCCGCCGAGCGGACGCGGCUGCUGGAGAGCGCGUUGCGUGACGCGAGGGACGCGCAGUCGCGCGACGCGGCCUCGAUGAGAGAGCUCCAGGGCGAGAUCGCGGCGUGGCGCGCGGCGAACAGCGCGAGGGAGGAGGAAGUCGCGACCGCGGCGGCGGCGGCGCGCGAGACGAACGAGCGCUGGCAGGACGAGCGCGUGCAUCUCCUGGAGGCGAACCGCCGCGUCGUGACGCUCGAGGCUCAGAACCGGACCUUGCGCGCGACGAACGCGCGGUUGAUGGACCUGAACGGGCACGGCGGCGCGGGCGCUCUCGGCGGCGGCGGGUGGAGCGGGAGCGGCGCGACGAUAUUCGCGGGGCACGGCGACGGGUCGCCGAACCUCGGUCGACGCGAACCGCCGCGGCUGGGCGGCGGCGGCGGCGGCGGCGGCGGAUCGAUCGGAUCGCCGGGCGCGGGUUUGUUCGCGUCGUCGCCGUCGCCGUCGCCGCGACGAGGCGUGGGGGGGAUAUUCGCGGACCUGGCGCCCAGCCCGGGGGAUCACAUCCGCGCCGCGGGCGCGCGCGCGUCGCCGCGGACGGGGUGGGAGUGA